UUAGAAAGUUCCGGUAUUGGCUUUACUUAAAUGGUCCAAAAUCUGUUCUCUUCUUCACACACUCCACUCCUCAAGCACACUGUUUGCUUUCAAGCCAUACUCGCAAUUUCACAGAGACAAUAACAUGCACUGUAAAGAUCAAAUCAGUCACAAAGACUACCAGAGGUCAGUGGAUUGGCUCCAGUCCAAAACACAGCACAGACCUAAAGUGGCCAUCAUCUGUGGAUCUGGACUGGGCAUGCUGGCUGAUACACUCCAGUGCCAGGAAUCCUUCAAGUACUCUGAUAUUCCUGGCUUUCCACAAAGCACAGUGCAGGGCCAUAUUGGGAGGCUAGUGUUUGGCGAACUCAAAGGGAAGACCUGUGUUUGUAUGCAGGGCCGAUUUCACAUGUAUGAGGGACACUCAAUAUAUAAGGUCACUUUCCCAGUGAGAGUGUUCAAGCUUUUGGGUGUGGAAACCCUGAUUGUCACGAAUGCUGCAGGGUCCAUAGCAGAAAGCUAUCACUGUGGUGAUGUCAUGAUCAUUAGAGAUCACAUCAACUUCCCUGGACUUGCUGGUUUAAACCCACUAAAUGGCCCCAAUGAUGACAAGUUUGGACCUCGUUUUCCCCCUAUGUCUGGAGUUUAUGAUAAAGACUUGCGAAAGCUGGCAUUUGACAUCUGUAAGAGGAUGGGCGUCACCCAAUUUGUCCAGGAGGGAGUGUAUUGUAUGGUGGGUGGACCCAACUUUGAGAGCAUAGCAGAAGCCAGACUUCUGCACAAACUGGGAGUGGAUGCAGUGGGCAUGAGCACAGCCCCUGAAGUCCUCGUGGCUAGCCAUUGCGGCAUGCGUGUGUUUGGUCUCUCACUUAUCACCAAUAAAGUGGUGAAGAGCUAUGAGGAUUCAGAGACCACCAAUCACGAAACCAUACUGGAAGUGAGCAAAAUGCGAUCAGAAAUGCUGCAGAAACUCAUUACUGAGAUCAUUAUCCAUAUGGACAUAAAUAACAAUCAAGCAUGACCACAGUUCCAAGUAGUUUCAUCAAAUCUGCAGUCACUUUGACUAACAGAGGUUCCUUCACUGUUUAUUUUAAAUAACAUUUAUCUUUUGUUGUUAUUAUUAGGUGGCCAGUCACUGUUACUGAACACCUUGUUAUUUUGAACUAAGUGAAAACGUUUUUUAAACAAAAAACAAACUCAUCACUCACCAAAUAUUGUAUGAAUAUCACACUAGAGGGCGCUAUAAUUUCAAAAUAAAAUACUUAUUGUCUCGUUUUUUUUAAUGUUGCACCUUAUUUGAAGAAGAAAAAAAGUUGCACCACUGGCUAAUCAGAUUUCAGAAAGCGUAGCCAUAACCUCUAAUAAAAUAUGACUUCUAUGCCUAGCUAAAUUCCAUCAAUUUUGGUUCCACAAUGGAAUGUAAUUUUAAACUGCUCAGUUACUAUACCGACAAGCUUCUGGACAAACCUGCUUUGUGCCAAACUAAGCUUGAAGCUUAGCUUGAGAAAUUCUUUUCAACAAGUCAUGUGCAGGAUUUGACUUAAACUGAAUGAAAUAAAUGACUUAAAGAAACACAACAAAUAUACUUGAGAAAACAAACUAACAUUCAAGACAAAGAAACUAUAAUCAACAUACAACAAACCUAAACAUAAACCAGAAAUAUAGACACAAGCAUUAACAACAUAUAUGAUAAGAUAACAGGCAAGUCUCUAUCUACAGAACUGGCUCAACCAUAAUUACUGAUUUUACUCAGAAAGAUGUCUGAAGCACACAUAUUUGCAAUAAUAUUUUAUUUGCACCCCUGUGUAAUAACAAAUAUAAAAGAAAAUAAAAAUUAAAAUAUAUAAAUGUA